AGGAGGGUUGACCAGGGAUAUGUUCUCUUGAUAAGUGCAUGAAUUAGACCAUUUUCCUGUACUGCUAAGCAUUUAAAAUGUAAUUACUUUUGGGUGUCAGGGAAAAUGUAUGGAGUAAAAAGUACAUUAUUUUCUUUAGUAAAAGUUGUUCAAAAUAUAAAUAUUAGAGUAAAGUACCGAUACCCCCAAAAAACCUGGGUGACCCAUGUCCUGUGUGUGGAGGGCUCCCCGCUCUGCUCUGUGCUCGUGGGUCAGAGCGACCCAGGCUCUGUGUUUCCAGGGCUCCCGCUCUGUGCUCUGUGCUCUGCGCUAGUGGGUCAGAGCGACCCUGCCAGCCACUGGCGAGGUGUAUGCCGUUGAGUGUAGUAGAGAGUCUGAGUGUGGCGAGGUUAUGCCUGGCUCCCCGCUCUGCGCUCAGUGCUCGUGGGUCAGAGCGACCCUGCCAGCCACUACACAGGUCCAGACAUGCCCCACUGUGUGCUAGAGAGCAGCCAAGUGUUAUUGUUGUGCUCUGGGCUCACGGGUCAGAGCGACCCUGCCAGCCACUGGUGAGGCGUAUGCCGUUGAGUGUAGUAGAGAGUCAGCGAGUGUGGCGAGGUUGUGCCUGGCUCUCCGCUCUGUGCUCUGCGCUCGUGGGUCAGAGCGACCCAGCCAGCCACUACACAGGUCCAGACAUGCCCCGUUGUGUACUAGAGAGCAGCCAAGUGUUAUUGUUGUGCUCUGUGCUCGUGGGUCAGAGCGACCCAGGCCCUGUGUUUCCAGGGCUCGCGCUCUUUGGUCAGAGCGAACCUGCCAGCCACUGGCGAGGCGUAUGCCGUUGAGUGUAGUAGAGAGUCUGCGAGUGUGGCGAGGUUGUAGGUGGCUCUGCGCUCUGUGCUUCAGAGCAACCCAGCCAGCCACUGCACAGGUCCAUACAUGCUCCGCUGUGUGCUAGAGAGCAGCCAAGUGUUAUUGUUGCUUGGGUGGGGUGGGUCAACUGCACACGGCUACACACAAGGCAUUUUCAGGUCUCGGUCUCCCGCGUAAUCCGGCCGGCCGGCCGUACUAGAGAGGUUACUAAUAUUGUCAGCGGCACACACGCACACCCACACACACAAAGUGACCUGCGCCCCACCCGUGCCAAGUGCGCACUUCCCAGCCACUCAGUGGACCCCAUCAGUGGAGCCGAGCGGCCAUGGCCGUGCGUUUUACGGCCGCGCAGGUUCUAGAACAGAUCUUGUCCAGCGUGGACAGAAGACUACUCAGAUUCCCAGGAGGAAGAGGAAGAGGUUUCGGGAAGACGGGGAGGAAUACAACCCGAGUGCCGCGAGGUCGAAGCUUCUUCUCCCUCUUCUGAGGAAGAGCCCGAGGAAGCACCCGAGGACGAGCACGAGCACGAGGACCAACGCGAGGAAGAGAUCUCCUAGGCCGGACCAAAGGGGUUGCUGUUGAAAAACGGCAAAAUCGAGUGGUCCCCCGUGGCCCAUGGCCUCGGCCGCCACCGCAGGGCCCUCGCGAUCUGCCACGCCGUGCCGGACGAGACUCUGGGCCCCACGGCCUAUGCCGCGACCCGGGCCCGCAACAUCGAGUCAUUUUGACAUACUGCCUAAUUUCCAGGCAGAACAGGGAACUCCAAGGGUAUUUGUGAAGGGUGAGUGCACUUAAAACAAAACAGGAUGUGUGAGUGCACUUAAAACAAAACAGGAUGUAAUAUGCUUUGUAUGGAGUAGAGCUGGCCCCCUGGGAGUUAAUACUCAAUAGCAUUGGGGCAUGUCACUGUGAAAUUAAAACACAAAUAAAUACACACAAACCAAAUAGUUAUGCCACAUACUAGGCUACACAAGCACACUUACCUUUUCAAUUCCAAAAAGCAUACUUUGCACGUGUCUUGAUUUAGAUUAGUUGAAUUCCUUAUCAAUACAUUUGCAUGCAUAUAAUAUCCAUGAUGAUUGAUUAACCUUAUUGAUUAAUUGUUGAUACACUUAGGAGGUAUAUGUAACAAUAUUUAACAGUUAGUAAUAUUGCUUACACAAUUCCACGUGGUCUAUGAGCCAGCUAUAAACCUUGGUUUACGACAUUUGUUUUGUUUUGUUGCAACACUGCCAUCUACCUAGAUUAGCCUACCUGGCUCUUCCUUCGCUAAAGUACUAUCCACAUGGGUGCGCUGUGUUCACAAGAAAGCUGCGGUUGCGUGCCAUAUCCUUUUAGGGAAAUGACAUCAUUUUCGCUUCACUCUGCUGUGUCUAAUGGAAACGCGGUAGAUUGGAACUCGAAAGUCUGAAAAUUUGUAGUCGAGGGAGCUUUGUUCUCCCCAGGUGUCAAGUGGAUUUUGAAACGUGACCCGUCUCGAAUAUAAUCUUCUAUGGCUGCCCCAGCCUUGCAACAGCCCAGUUUUCUUCUGGCCAAUCUGAAAGUUGACUCGACCACCAAACCUUUUCUCCAGCGGUGCCAGGAGCUGGUGAAGGUCAUUGAUGACUACCCUGCAAAGGAGCUGCACCUGAUCUUCCCCUGGCUUGUAGAGAGUGUUUUUGGCAGUCUGGAUGGGGUCAUCAUGGGCUGGAACCUGCAAUUCCUGCAGGCACGCAGCAAUGAGUACAACAUCGUCAUGGACUUUCUCGAUCCUAGUGGGCCAAUGAUGAAGCUUGUGUACAAGCUUCAAGCAGAGGAGUACAAGUAUGAAAUACCUGUCAGCUUUCUCCCUGGUCCUGUAAAGGCAUCUAUACAGGAAGGUGUCCUCCCAGAUUGUCCACUUUUUCACAACAAGCUGCAGUUUCCUCUGUCUGGUCUCCAGACACUCAGCCUGGCGCUCAAUCCAUUUGAAUAUUACAUGUUCAUAUUUGCUUCCAGUCUUAUCACACCAAAGAACUACCCUCUGGGCCAGCAUGUGAGCAGCUUGGACAAUGCGUACUUUGUGCUUGUGGACACCUACCUCAAGUACUUCCUCCCUACAGAGGGCAGCGUUCCUCCCUCUCCAUUCGCUGACAAUAGAGGCUCUGUGUCUCCACCUGCUCCCAGGGCUCCCAGCGUGCCUUUUGCAGGGUAUGGCAUCCACAGCACCAGCCUCCUCAAGCGCCACAUAUCCCAUCAACCCUCGGUCACUGCUGACCCUGCAGCCCAGGAGAUCUGGAGGUCAGAGGCAUUACUACAGGUUUUUGUGGAGAUCUGGCUGCAUCACUACUCCCUGGAGAUGUACCAGAAGCUGCAGUCCCCCCAGGUGAAGCUGGCGCUGCUGCACUAUCGCCUCAGUAUGUCCAGCAUGCCGUGCCAACCCCUGACCCCUCCUGGCUCUGGGACCCUCGACACGUACCAAGUACUUUUACCUUUUCAUCCACUCCCACCGGGCCUGCUGGAGGAGACUUUCACCCCGACAGAGGAGCACGUUCUGGUGGUGCGUCUCCUGGUGAAGCACCUCCAUGCCUUUUCCUGCAGCCUGAAGCCUGAGCAGGUCUGCUCCUCGCCCUCGGCCCACUCCCACGCCAGCCCCCUGGAAGAGUUCAAGAGGGUGGUGGUGCAGCGUUUUGUCCAGCAGAAGCUCUAUGUGUUCCUCCAGCACUGCUUUGGUCACUGGCCUUUAGAUGCCUCCUUCAGAGCGGUGUUGGAGACGUGGCUUAGCUACAUCCAGCCGUGGAGGUACACAGGAGAGAAUACCAAUCCUCAGACAGACCAGAACAAAGGUGUACCUGAGAAAUGGGGCUUGUUUGUUCAAGAGAACCUGCUCAUGUACACAAAGCUCUUUCAGGGCUUUCUCAACAGGGUGGUACGCAUAGACCUGGUCAACGUCAAAAAUGCACUAAUGGUCUUCAGGGUGGCCAAAGUCUUCGCUCAGCCAAACCUAUCAGAGAUGAUUCAGAAAGGAGAACAGCUGUUUCUGGAGCCGGAGCAUGUCCUCCACCAUCGGCAGCACCGGGUCUUCCUCACGCCAAGCCACGGUGGCAGCUUCCUGUCUGCCCGGCAGUCCGUGGUGACAGACGGGGUUUUCAGGGUGAAGAGCCACGUGUACGGCCUGGAGGGCCAGGACUGCCAGUACAAACAGAUGUUCGGCACAGAGCUGAGGGGCGCGGUCCUGAAGCUCAUUCAGAUCAUCGCCCAGGCGAGGCAGACAGCUAAGAGGAUAUCAGAUCACUCAGCUGAAGUGGCGGCCAAUAACUCCUUCAUGUCUUGGUUUGGAAUGGGCUCCCCCGACCUCAACUACACCUUCAAUGGAGGAGAGGUGGAUGACACUGGGGAAUGUGUCAAGAAGACCCACGAGUUCCUGGAGAGGUCACUGGACUACCUCUGUCAGAUAUUUCGUCUGAAUGCAGGGCAGCUUUCUCAGCUGAUGGCAACCCUGGGCUCUGGUCAGGACGAUGGGAACUUCAGGCAGCUACCAGACUGUGUUCAGGGUGAGAAUGGACUCAUCCUCACAGACCUGGGCCGAAUGCAGAUCAUCAAUGGACUGCGUAGAUUUGAGAUUGAGUACCAAGGAGACCCAGAGCUUCAGCCCAUCAGGAGCUAUGAGAAUGCUGUCCUGGUCAGACUGUUUUUCAAGAUCUCGUCCCUGGUGAAUGAGAGGUUCGGAGGUCACAUGGAAGUUCUGUGCUCGCGGCCGGACUUCCUGGGCCGGUUGGGACGACACUACCUGGCCAGCCCCGAGGUCAUGGCGGAUGGCAGGCAGAGGAGCCCAGAGACACGGCGAACAGCGGAGAGGAACAGACGGCCGCGGCUAAGUCUGCGCACACUGGCGAGCUACAGAACCCUACUGAUGCUUCUAUUUCUCUACCUGUUUGGGGUGCUGUUCUCAUUCGGCCCCAUAUCCAGCACACUGCUCAUCCUUACAGGCGGCUUUCUCUAUGGACUCUUCAUAACAAUGUUUGGAGAUAAACUCAAGUCCCAGUAGCAGGGUAAUUAAAAGGCUUUUUUUGCCACUUGCCUUUGCUUGGCCAUCUGAUAUAUUCAGUCCCUUUUUAUUCUUGUAAAUAAAUACAAGUGCAUUGCUUUUCAGAUUAAGUUUGCUAAAUCUUUUUUUAAGCAGUUUUACUGAUUGACAGUUGUAUGAUUUAAUAUUCUAACAAAAUAUUGAAUAUUUUUCAAUUGAACAUUGAAAGGAUGGUGGUGGUUAUCCUCAAACUACAAGAUUGGCCGGUGUAAUAAAAAGUUAAUGAGUCUUGCACUA